AUGCCGCGCAUUGAGACUGAAGUCCGUCUCGACUUCAAAGACGUGCUUAUUCGCCCCAAACGCUCGACACUCAAGAGCCGCGCCCAGGUGGACGUGCACCGCGAGUUCCAGUUCCGCAACUCGAAACGCACGUGGACAGGCGUCCCAAUUAUUGCUGCCAAUAUGGAUACAGUCGGGACUUUCGAGAUGGCUGUAGCUCUGUCCGAGUUCAAGUUCAUUACGUGCGUGCAUAAGCACUACACGCCAUCCGAGUGGGCAGCUUUUGCUCACCGAUAUCCAGCGGUGCUACCGACAGUCGCUGUUAGUGCUGGUUCCAGUGCAGUCGAUUUCGACAAAAUUUCGACCAUCCUCCGGACCCAUGCCGAAAUCCGGUUCAUCUGUCUAGACGUGGCCAAUGGGUACUCGGAACACUUUGUCCAAGCGGUACGCAAUGCGCGCGCGGCGUUUCCAGACCACACCAUUAUUGCUGGCAACGUCGUGACUGGAGAGAUGGUCGAAGAGUUGCUACUGUCGGGAGCUGACAUUAUUAAAGUUGGCAUCGGUCCUGGUUCAGUGUGUACGACCCGGAAACAAACGGGGGUGGGAUACCCGCAGCUGUCUGCGGUGCUUGAGUGUGCUGAUGCUGCUCAUGGACUCAAGGGUCACGUGAUUGCUGACGGAGGCUGUACGUGUCCAGGGGACGUGGCCAAAGCCUUUGGAGCUGGGGCUGAUUUUGUCAUGCUAGGUGGCAUGCUUGCUGGGCACGAGGAGAGUGGAGGAGAUAAAGUCGAGAUGAAUGGGAAGCUGUUCAAGACGUUCUAUGGUAUGAGCUCGUCCGAAGCCAUGACGAAACACAAUGGGGGCGUGGCUGAAUACCGCUCGUCGGAAGGCAAGAGCGUGACCGUGCCGUAUCGGGGUCCGGUUGCUGGGACUUGCAAAGAGAUAUUAGGUGGUGUACGCUCUACAUGUACAUACGUCGGGGCGAGCAAGCUGAAGGAGAUCAGCAAGCGCACCACUUUCAUCCGUGUUUCCCAGCAGCUGAACGAAUUGUUCGGUCGGGCUCCUAACGAGCAAGAGGAGCAGGUGUCGAAGAAACAGAAGACGGGCUAG